AUGACAGAGCGUGAAUUAGCUGGCCAUAAAGGAAGCAUGUCUGAAAAUGCAUAUGAUGAAAGAAAGAGAAAGAUACGCGAAGUUUAUCGCUACGAUGAGAUGUCCAGUAAGGUCCUUCGUGCGGACAGACGACUGCAAGAGAAUACUAGUGACCCAAUGAAAGACGCGGCUCUCUCGCAGCCGCGGUCGAUGGCCGGUAAAAUAUCAGUGAAAGAGAUGGGCCAGCGGAGCGCUGGCACAGUGCCCGAGGAGGAAAGGGAACGAGCUGUACGAGAGAUUGCGAGGAAAGAGGUCGGCAAACGUGCCGCUGUCGCACCAAGGGACCGCGGUCGUGCAAGUGUGCUAUCGCAUGAUAUUGAGUCGUUGAAAUACUAUCCAAGCACUGAGCAGUCCCGUGCAGCGUACGAAGAUAUCUUGGGAUGGGUGUCCGCCCUGCUGGGGGACGAUCUGCCGCGCGCAGUAAUCUUGAGCGCGACAGAUUUGGUGAUACAGCUAUUAAAGGAAGACGAGGCGACGUCGGAUCAUGAUAUGAAGGCGAAGAAGGAGCUGCUAGAACGCGACCUGGCGACUUCAAUAGCGCCUAGUGAGUUCCACGAAUUGGUGAAUAUGUCGAAGCGCAUACAGGACUAUACGGAGGGCCAGAUGAUGCAGCGGGAUGAAUCACUGCCAGUAGGGGAAGAUAGCGAACCGGAAGAAGACGAACCCGAAAACCCACUGCUUGCUCAAAUAGAAGUGGAAGAAGAGGAAGCUGAUGUUGGUGACUUAGAUGAUCUUGGGAGGGAAAAUCAGACCGAUCAGCCCGGCGAUAGCACAGGUGAUAUAUUAGAAUUCCAAGGCACAAAGGCCACAAAGCAUAGCGAUCUGGAUCUAUCCAUGGUAGACGAGCAUUAUGUUGAUCGCAAGCUUGCAGAAGUGACGGGCACACCUAUGGAAAACGUACGAGCAAUAACUGCAGAUGUCUUGAAAAGUUUGGAAGCAGAGGUCGAAGAAAAUGAAUUAAAAGCGGCACUUGGGCGAGCUAUAGGCCCUCAAUAUGAAGAUCUAAUAGCUCAUAUCCUCAAUAAUCGGCACGUGCUGCGUUGGGGAAGCAGGCUUGCGCGGGCUGGAAAAACCGAGGUGGAUACGAUUCUAGCGCAGAUGUCCUCUAGUGGCCAAUCAACGUUAGCCGAGGAGUAUCGCAGGGCUUUACACACUGGGAAACGUCGGAGCAGCGUUGUCGAAGCUGUGGAUUCGCCGCAUAAGAGCGAAAAGAAACCAAAGUUUUCUCUCUCAGAAGAUGAUAAUCUUCUGGAUCUGAGUGCUCUGACAUUUGAACAGGGUUCGGCGCUUUUGACAAGCACAAAAGUUUUGUUACCGGACAACUCAUUUAAGAGGAUAAAGUCUACUCAUGAAGAGAUACAUAUUCCUGCUCCUCCAAAACCAGUAGAUAAUUUCCCACUGGUUUCUAUCAGUUCCUUAGUUGAUUGGGCACAGAAGUCAUUUCCAACAGCGGAAACGAAAACUUUGAAUCGCAUACAGUCAGAAGUCUACCCUAUCGCAUUUGGCACAGAUAAAAAUAUGCUUCUCUGCGCCCCAACUGGUGCCGGUAAGACAAAUGUUGCGGUACUUGCCAUCCUUCGUUUGUUAUCAAAAUAUUACAAGGCAGAGACUAAGUCAUUCAACACAUCUAAGUUCAAGGUCGUUUAUAUUGCGCCAUUGAAAGCGCUGGUCCAGGAGCAAGUUCGGGAAUUUCAAAGGAGGUUGCAACAGUAUGGCUUGAAAGUAGCCGAACUUACAGGCGAUUCUAACUUAACUAGACAGCAAAUUAUGGAAGCUCAGAUUUUGGUCUCUACACCCGAAAAGUGGGAUGUUAUAACAAGAAAUGGGUUGAACAGGCACUAUACAAAACUGGUUCAACUGCUGAUUAUCGAUGAAGUACAUUUACUGCAUGACGAAAGAGGGCCGGUGAUAGAAAGUAUCGUUGCACGUUUGGAAACACAAGGCUCAACCGAGACCAGGGUUGUAGCCCUUUCUGCUACCCUACCUAACUAUACAGAUAUUGCUGAAUUCCUGCGAGUUCCAUCUGACGGUUUGUUCUACUUUGAUGCGUCUUUCAGGCCAUGCCCACUUGCUCAGCAGUUCUGCGGUAUAACUGAAACAAAUUCUGUUAAGAGAGUGAAUGCAAUGAACCAGGUAUGUUAUGAAAAGGUCUUGGAAUCUGUUGCUGAAAACCAUCAGGUAAUAGUAUUUGUUCAUUCCCGGAAAGAUACCGCUAGAACUGCCAUAUGGUUAAGGGAUAAACUACUUGAAGAGGACAAGAUAAGCAGUUUCGCUCCACAGGAUGCGGGCUCUGCGGAAAUCUUGAAGAGAGAAACUGAGAAUAUAACGGACAAAAGCUUUGGUGAUGUUGUACAACAUGGUUUCGGUAUACAUCACGCUGGUCUAUCAAGAGAUGACAGAUCUUUGGCCGAAGAUCUUUUUGCUGACGGUUUGAUAAAAGUAUUAGUAUCCACUUCCACCCUUGCCUGGGGUGUUAAUUUACCUGCCCAUACUGUUAUCAUUAAAGGAACAGAGAUGUAUUCUCCUCAGAAGGGUUCAUGGGUUUCUCUUUCCUCUCAGGAAGUUUUGCAGAUGCUUGGCAGAGCAGGUAGGCCACGUUAUGAUACGUUCGGUGAGGGCAUUAUAAUAACAAACCAAUCGAAUAUUCAUUACUUCUUGGCAAUUUUGAAUCAACAGCUACCAAUAGAGUCCCAAUUUAUUAGCAAAUUGCCGGAUAAUGCCAAUGCCGAAAUUGUACUUGGCACAGUCAAAAAUAGGAUCGACAUUGUUGACUGGCUUGGUAACACGUACCUUUACGUGCGAAUGCUCAAAGAUCCUAAGCUUUACAAGGUAGCAGAUGAAAUUGAAACCGAUGCUGCACUUUUAUCUUAUAGGGAGAGGUUGGCACAUGCUGCUCUUCGCUUGCUACAUGAAAACAACCUAAUUGUGUACAACCCGGUCACUGGUGAUGUACAAUCGACAGAUUUGGGUAGGAUUGCGUCCCAAUAUUAUAUUAGCUACACUACAAUUGCGACUUACAAUGGUGAGCUAAAUAUGCAUCUUGACCAAAUGGAUAUAUUACGCCUUUUCGCAAAAUCAGAUGAAUUUAAAUAUGUCUCCGCCAGACAGGAAGAGAGGAAUGAACUCGCAAAUCUACUCGAGCGAGCUCCAAUUCCUAUUCAAGAGGAUAGCUCUAGCCCUUUAGCGAAGGUAAAUGUUCUAUUACAGUCCUAUAUUUCCCGCCUAAAAUUAGAUGGAUUUGCUCUCAACGCGGACAUGAUAUAUAUCACGCAGAAUGCUGGUAGAAUAUUCAGGGCUUUGUUUGAAAUAUCCCUUCGCAAGGGUUGGUCACGAUUGUUGAAAGUUAUACUAAAUCUAUGCAAAUCCAUUGAAAAGAGAAUGUGGCUCAUAAAUACUCCAUUCAGACAAUUCCCUAGUUGUCCAAUUGACGUCAUACGCAGAACCGAAGCUUCAUCGUUACCAUGGAUUGAGUACUUAGCGUUGGAUUCUCCAGCGGAAGUUGCGCAAGCUAUCCGGUCGGAGAAGUAUGGUAAAGCCGCAUAUGAUUUGCUGAAAAAGUUCCCCAAGUUAAAAAUUGAGUGUUCCGUUCAACCAAUAACUCCUAGUCUGCUAAAGUUUAGUCUUGAGGUAAAUGCUGACUGGGAUUGGGAUUCCAGGCUUCAUGGCUACGCAGAAACCUUCAUACUUUUGGUUGAGGAUACUGAUGGAGAAAGUAUUCUUCAUACCGAUAAAUUGACCAUCUAUAAAGAUAAUUCUGGAGAACCUCAUUUAAUGGAUUUUUCUGUUCAGUUGGAUCAUUCUAAACAGAUUAACCUUCCUCCAAAUUACUUUAUUUCCUUAAUCUCCGAUAAAUGGUUACAUUGCGACAAUAAGGUGCCCGUGGUGCUUACAGAUAUACAUCUACCGAGAAAAUUUCCGCCACACACUCGUAUAGAAGAAAGAAAUUUGAUUGAAACUUCUGAGCUAGAUCCGACGUUCAGUGGACUCUUCCCAUUUAAGGUUUUCAACAAAUUCCAAACUCAUGUGUUUAAUGCCUUGUACCAUACCGAUGAAAAUGUAUUUAUUGGAGCUUGUAAGGGCUCGGGUAAAACUGCAAUGGCAGAAUUAGCUUUAUUGAGUCACUGGAGAGAUGGUAAGGGACGUGCCGUCUAUAUAUGUCCAUCUCAGGAGAAAAUUGAUUUUCUGGUGAAGGAUUGGCGAAACAGAUUUUUAAAUGUGGCAGGUGGAAAGGUUAUUAAUAAACUCACAUUGGAAUUAACUAACAAUCUUCGAACGCUAGCCCAGUCGCAUUUAAUCUUAGCGACUCCAGAGCAGUUUGACCUGCUUUCUCGUCGCUGGAAAAGAAGAAAAAACAUUCAGACAUUAGAGCUGUUGAUUCUAGAUGAUCUUCAUAUGAUCAGUAGUGACUUGCCUGGCGCAAGGUAUGAAAAUAUAAUAUCCAGAAUGCUGUUCAUUCGGGGUCAACUUGAAACGGCCUUGCGUAUAGUCGGUUUAUCUACCUCCCUCGCUAAUGGUCGCGACGUUGGAGAGUGGCUCGGAGCUAAAAAAGCUACAAUUUUUAAUUUCUCCUUUCACGAAAGGGUUAUGCCCUUACAGAUCCACUUACAAUCGUUUCAUAAGAUGCAUGAAGAGUCUUUAAUUGAGACUAUGGCCAAAUCGGCCUUCCUGACGGUACAAAACUCUGUGAUAGCUGGCUCAAGUGUUAUGCUUUUUGUUCCAAGUAGGAAAAAUUGUGUUCAUAUUUCUGUCCUACUUGCAACUGCCGCUGCGGGAACGGAAUAUUCCUUGCGUCCUCAAAAGUUAGGUUUGGAGACCCAUUUACCUAAGGUAGAAGAUGGAAACUUGCGUGAGUCGCUAAAGCAUGGUAUCGGUUUCUUUUAUCACGGAAUGUCUUCUUCUGAUAAGGCUAUUGUGGAACAAGCUUGGAAACAAAAGUUGAUUUUAUGUAUUGCUAUUACUAGAGAUCUCUGCGUAAUGGCACCGUUUGCGGAAACAGUGAUUAUUAUGGGUACACAAUAUUAUGAGCCCCGAGAGCAUCGUUACGUUAAUUAUCCUGUGGCGGACGUUUUAGAAAUUGUCGGUACCGCUCAAGGGAAUGCUGACUAUCCAGGGAAGGUAAUACUAAUGACGACACACGACAUGAAAGCAUAUUAUAAAAAUUUUUUAAACGAGUCCUUACCUACCGAGAGCUAUAUGCUCUACUACCUGCAUGACGGGCUCAUUAACGACAUUGCUACAUCAGUAAUUGAGAGUAAACAAGAUUGCGUCGAUUGGAUCACCUUUACCUACUUCUAUAGAAGAAUACAUGCGAAUCCAAGCUUCUAUGGGGUAAAGGAUACCUCACCAUUGGGAAUAUCCGCCUAUUUGACUGGCCUAGUUCAAGAUACGCUUGAUGACCUAGUUGAUUCAUCUAUUAUUGAAAUAACUAAUCCAAAGGAGGACGAGAACGAGGACGAGCAAAUUUUGCCUCUGAAUGGUUGUAUGAUAAGUUCCCAUCACAAUGUUAGUUUUCAAACAAUGCACAUGUUCAUGCAAUCCCUCUCCAGAAGCACGAAGUUGAAGUCUAUCAUAGAAAUAUUGGCAUCUGCCUCAGAAUAUGAGGACAUUCCUAUGAGGCAAGAAGAUUAUGAUAUUUUGCGGAAGAUACAUGCAAAUCUACCGUAUCAGUUUUCCGCUGGUGUACAAAAUGAGUUACCUUCAUUUAAGGUAUUUGUUCUAUUGCAGACCCAUUUUUCUCGCAUCAAGUUAAACAAGGAAUUGACCGCAGACAUGAAUAAUAUACUAGCCAUCGCAGUUCCUUUGGUCAAUGGUAUUACAGACAUACUUUCUGGAGAUGGUCGGCUGAGUGCUACUACAGCCAUGGAUUUGUUACAGAUGUUGAUCCAAGGCUGUUGGGACACAGAUAGUCCGUUGGUACAGGUGCCUUCUUUUAAUAAACAGAUUCUCAAGAAGUGUGCAGAAUACAAAGUUGAGACAGUAUAUGAUAUUAUGGCAUUGGAAGAUGACGAAAGGGAUAAUAUUUUAUCCCUUCCAAUGGAGGAAUUGAAUAAAGUCGCUUUGUUUGUUAACAGUUACCCAAACAUAGAAUUACAUUACGAAAUGGAUUCUUCUGUCCCGGUACUUGCAAACGAACCCCAACAGAUUAGGGUUACUGUCACCAGGGAUGAAGAACCUGAAUCGCUGGCUGUAGUUUCGGAGCGUUUCCCUCAUGAAAAACUGGAAAAUUGGUGGAUAUUUGUGGGUGAGACAGCAACUCGGCAACUAUACUCUAUCCGCAAGGUCGCACUUUCCAAGGAAUCACAGACUUACACUUUGGACGUAGCAAUCCCUAAUUCAGGAAAACAUGUGAUUACUGUCUGGUGUAUCUGUGAUUCCUAUGUGGACGCUGACAAGGAGGUUUCUUUCGAAGUAUAUGUCCAGCCUUAG